UCCUCAGUCUCUCACAGCCAGCGAAUAGCUGCGCAUCGUUGCGAUCGGUCGCCAAAAAGAAAAUCAAGCCGAGGAAAACGUAUUUCCACUUGCCUGAACCAUAUUUUCCUGGCGUUGCUCGCGACGGCCGAAAUACAGAAUAAAAGUGCAGUGUAUCUAUCAUCUCUCUCGUCGAAUUCUCAGUUUCUGAGAUCCGUACUCGAUUCUCGUAUAUAUUUUUUUUUCCAAUUUCCAAUCAAUUUUUUUUUUCCUGUUGCGCGUUAUUUGGCAGUGCGAAAAAGAAAGAAAGAAGUGCUAAUUGUGCAAUUGAUUGACAAAACGAUCGAUCUUUAAAUAUCGUUGGCAGUGCGAGCGAGGAUCACUAUACUAGAUCAUUUCGAUCCAUUGAAAGUGCUCGCGUUUCUAACGAGCAAAACAUGAAGUCUGCCGUCGCGAAUUGAAUGUGGCAUAAAUCUAAGGAAGGCAGGCAGUCAGCUAAAAAGAGCAGCAGACGCAGAUCAUCAUCGCAGAUCAUCAUCGCAAACAACAAACAAACGAGUGAAGAAGCGAAAAAAUGAUGCCGCCAAGACUGCCAGGCAGCAGCCAUGGUUUAGCGAUGGAUAGAAGCAACAACAGUGGCCACCACUUAACGCAUACGGCGGCAAACACAACGUUUCACAAGCGCCGACGAAGGCGACAACCAACCAGCCACAGUCACAUCAGCCUAAGUCAUGGCAGCUAUUUGGCCCUGCUCUUGCUAUCCACCACCUGCUCUUUGGUGGCCACCAGCACAACCAUCACUUCUUCUUCAUCCACCACCUCUGACACAGACACAGGCCUUGCGCCAACGGAACCUCCGACGGCCAGUCAAAUGGCCAUCUCCUCCAGUUCACCUUGCAACCCACAGCAUUGGUGGGAUUCGCAGCGAGAUCGCUGUACUCCUUGCACUCGCUGCCAGGGCGAGAUGAUACCACUACGUCCCUGUCAGCUGCACACGGACACUAUCUGUGGUUCCAUCUACGAUCUUAAGAUCGAUUGGGUUGUCCUGGCCAAGACCGAACCUAACUGGAAGGAGCGCCGAAAGUCCUCGGAGUAUGAGCACUUCGAUCACAAUGCUCCACUGCAGCAUCUGACCCAUGAGCAACUGCAGCAGCUGCACGAAGAGGCGGCCGCUGCCUGGGCUCUGGACUGGCAGACUGGUGUCCUCUAUGUGGCGGUGCUCACCUGCCUGGUCUUCUUCUCGGUGGCAGCCUGCAUCCUUAUCCAUCAUAUGCGCCAAUGGCGCCGCAUGGAACGUCGCCUAGAUCAGGAUGUGGAGGAGCUGUCAACCAAGCUGAUGGCCAAGCUGGCGGAGGUUCAGAGCCUGGACGGUGGCACCUUCUUCAUUGGCAAUGCGGAUGCCUUGCGUGGCCUGCCCUCCGCGGCAACGGCGACGCAUGCAUCAGCAGCAGCUGCAGCAGCGACACAGUCGGGUAUCUUCCAGCCGCAACACGUGCUGCUGCCUGAGAAACGUGGCAACAAGCACCAAGAGCGACGGAUCCUGAAGGCCCUGCAGCCCGGCAAUGUCUACAUUGAGGAGAGCAACGCGGGCCUGGGCAUGGGUCUGGGGGGCAUGCGGGGCUGCGCUGGUCCCAAGGGAUGAACAAACACGCUAACAAGGCAAGGGGGACAUACUUAAGGAGUGGCUAAGGAGUAAGCAUGAUCCGGAAAAGGAAGAGGAACCCCCCCUAGAACCGGAUAGAGAUGAACUUUUGUACAAACAGCCGCUUAAAGAGGGGGGACGAGAGAAAAGGGAAAACCGAAACUAUUAUUAUUUUUUAUAUUAUUAAUCUUAUUCUAAUUAUAACGAAUAUUUUUUUUUUUUGUCCUAAUAUUUAAUGAAAAUCGUUAUGUUGACUUGUUUGUAAUGCGGUGGACGUUCCCCGUUGUGUGGGGGAGGAGAAGGAGGAGGAGUCGUCGAAGUCCGAGCGAUGCGGCAGAAUGUUUUGUACAUAGAAAUGAGGCAGAUGUGGCAGCCACCCACAAAUAUAUAUAUAUAAAUAUGAUUAAAACGAUUAUGAUUAACAAAUUUCUACUUAAUGUAAAUAUUAGGGCGAUCGAGAUCGACAAAACCCAUGCGAAGCAAACGUAACGAGAUAACGUAACGCAACGUAACGUAACGUAACACGAAACCAAGCAAUAUCGGCAACAUAUCAGCUACUAUAUAUACCGCAUAUUGUUAAUAUCACCCUUAACUGAUGAUAUAUGGUUACCAUAUACCUAUAUCCUGAUUACCCAUUUCACCACCCCACCCCCCUUAUAUGUAACCAAGUUAAAAAUAUCAAAAAUUAAAAAAAAAAAAACACACAAAAACGAAAGCAUUUUCCGGCUAGCUGCUAACCGAGCUUAAUCGAAUUAACUGUAAUUGUAACGAUAAUGAUAAAGAUAUUACAGAUAUAACUACUUAUUAUAAUGCUAAUUAACGGAUAACUAUAUAGUUAGGAAGAAAUGUCUAUGUCCUAAGUGCUAUCAGUGUGCAAACAGCAAUAAAAAGUUCUAUGAUUAUACGAAA